AUGCGCCCCAUUGCCCGUAGCGCCGCGUCGCCCGUAGCGCCCCGUUGCCCGAAGCGCCCCGUCGCCCGUAGCGCCCUUUUAGGUCGCCUUCCCGUCGCAUCCCCGUCCCCUCCCCGUCGCCUCCCCGUCACCUCCCCGUCCCCUCCCCGUCGCCUCUCCGUUGCGUCCCCUCCCUGUCACCUCCCCGUCGCCUCCCAGUCGUGUCCCCUCCCCGUCACCUCCCUGUCGCGUCCCCUCCCCGUCACCUCCCCGUCGCGUCCCCUCCCCGUCACCUCCCCGUCGCCUCCCCGUCGCAUCCCCUCCCCAUCACCUACCCUUUGCCUCCUCGUCUCGUCCCCUCCGCGUCACCUUCCCGUCCCCUCCCCGUCGUGUCCCCCCCCUGUCGCCUCCCUGUUGCGUCCCCUCCCCGUCAACUCCCCGUCACCUCCUCGUCGCGUCCCCUCCCCGUCGCCUCCUCGCCGUGCCCCCUCUCCGUCUCCUCCCCGUCGCCUUCCCGUCGCGUCCCCUUCCCAUCACCUCCCUGCCGCCUCUCCGUUGCCUCCCCGUCGCGUCCCCUCCCCGUCGCUUUCCCGUCUCCUUCCUGUUCCCUGCCCUUCCUCUCCCCGUCGCCUCCCCGCCACCUCCCGUCGCCUUCCCGUCACGUCCCCUUCCCCUCCCCGUCGCCUCCCCACCACCUCCCGUCGCCUUCGCGUCACGUCCCCCCUUCCCGUCGACUCUCGUCGCCUUCCCGCCACCUCCCCGUCCCCUUCCCGUUGCCACAUCAUCGCCUCCCCUUCCCCUCCCCGUCGCCUCACAAUCACCUCCUCGCCACCUCCCGUCGCCUCCCCAUCGCCUACACUUCCACUCCCCAUCCCCUCCCCAUCGCGUCCCUGUCCCAUACUCGCCGCCCCACCUGCUACCCACCGUCCCAACUGCUACCCGCGGCCCCCCCAUCUAGAAGGCCUCGUGGCCCCCAAAUAG